AUGCUGAGCUCCUUACGGCGACGCCCGGCGACUCUGUUGCCACGCAGAGCUAUCGGUGCAGCACGUAGUAAGCACAGCAAGGAGCACCAUGAGCUGCGCGAGUCGGUCAGAAAAUUGGACUACGACGGAUAUCUAUGCGGCCUGCUGCUACCGGUGAAGACGCGUCCAUCUUUCUUCGCCAUUCGCGCGCUGAACGCCGAGAUCGCGACCAUCAAGGACUCGGCACAUAGUAACCAGAUCACGGGCAAGAUCCGCAUGCAAUGGUGGCGCGAGCGUAUUUACAAUUUGUACGAAGUGUCGUCGUCAGCAGGAGCAGAGCGUCCGGAGCAGUCGACAUCACUGCUGCGAGGGCUAGACAAGGCCAUCCAGGAACACGACUUAACGCGGCGGUGGUUCGAGCGCCUACUGGACGCGCGAGAUCAAGAUCUUGACCGCGAAGACGUGCAGAGCUUACACGAACUGGAGAUGUACGCGGAGCAGACGGCCUCGUCACUGCUGUACCUCACGCUAGAGAGUCUCGGUGUUCGCGACGACACAGCAGACCGCGUAGCAGGACACGCCGGCGUAGCAAUCGGCUUGGCGACGCUACUGCGAGGAACGCCGUAUCACUGUUCCCGACAGCAGUCUUAUCUGCCCGAAGACCUCAUGAACAAGCAUGGUAUCACGGUUGAGGAUCUUUUAGCAGCGGUUGAAGAUUCGAAGCUCGGCGACAAGGUGGCGCCCGUAGUGUUCGACGUUGCUUGUCGUGCUAUGGAACAUCUCCAUCAAGCUCGUUCGUUGCGGAAAGAGUUGCCAAGCGAGUCCCGCAGCGCAUUCCUACCGCUGGUUAGCUCCUCUUUGUAUCUCAAAGACCUCGAGGCAGUCAACUUCAACGCCUUCGCUCUAGAACUGCAGCAGCGCAAUAUGUUUCAGCUCCACUUGCAGGUGUUGAAGCACUACUUUUUGCGCAAAUACUAG